GAAUUUGUCGAAGCACGCGCGUUGUUCUCACUUUCUCACAAUUACAAACAACAACAACAAACUGAAACAGCCCGGCAUCACAUUUGAUCGAUCAGAUCGACGAUGAAACCCCUGUUGAGCAACGACAAGGACGCCUUGAAGGCAUCUACUGAUAUCCAGCAGAGGAGUAAAGACGCUCUGUCUAGGAUCCAGCAUGACUUGGAAGAGACCCAACAGACGGGCGCCAUGACUCUGGAUGACUUGGACGCCCAGCGCCGUAAGAUGGAUGGCGUGGACCACCAGGCAGAUCGCUUGCAUGAUCAGUUGGACGAGACGGCAUAUUUGCAGAGCAAGUUGGGAUCUUGGUUUGGAGGAAAACGCAAAAAGAAAAACAGUAAUAGCACUAGCAAUAGCAGUAACAAAGACAGAGAAUCUCCGGAACAAGCCAAGAAUGACCUUAUAGAUUCAUCCAACACCAACGCCAACAGCAAGAACAAGAAGAGUGGAAAAUGGAAGUUUGGCAGAUCCUCCAAGAAAUCUUCCGUACACGAAGACCCCACCAUCUCAGUCACUAUUGGAUCUCUGGACAAGGAGACUGCCUUGUACCGGGGCGAACACAAGGAUGAAAUGAGGGCUCUGGCCCAAGGAGACCAUGAGAUUGACGCUCAAAUGGAUAUGAUUGGAAAUCAGCUGGGAAAUUUACUCACCAUGGCUCAAGAAAUUGGAUCCGAAACGAAACACCAGCAACAACGUAUUGAACGCGUUGACAAUCGAGUCGCAGAUGCACAGGAACGACAGAGAAAGGCAAACAAAAAGACUAAAAAGUUCUUGAGUCGAUAAUCAUUGCCCAAGACGCAAUUACAUUACAUAAGAUACAUCAUGCAGCAAUAUACUGUUCCGAUACUAUAGCAAUAGGACG